AGGCCUUAAAGUGGCAAGUGAUAUCAGCCCCCAAAGUCAGAAUCGACUGUGACCUCAAUGACAAGUUAACAACAGCGAUCUUUUGUGACAGAAGGGCCAGCUUGAAUUUCCUCAAUCUAUGCUUACCAGGGUAUGAUUCGGUCCAAUCAUCGUUUUGGUACUCAGUUGCGAGCUGUUCCUCCUGGCUUAUAGCUUGCUCCGACACAACUAGCCUACCAUGUUUCGAGCUACCAACCUGCAAGUAGCCACGUACCUGCUUGGUGUCUGUCCCUUUUCCAUUGCCUUUCUGGUCUUUCUGAACUCAUCUGUUUCAUUCGUUAUCACGGACCUCAUUGGCAGAACACACGAUGUGGGAGAUGCAGUCGGGACGCUGGGAUUUGCCGAUGAACUGGUAGCCCUCGUGGCCUGUCCGGUGUGGGGCGUGCUAUCCGACCGCAUGGGUUUGCGUUUUGUCUGUGUUAUUGGCUAUCUGGUCAUAGCCCUGGCAUUGGCAGUAUUUGUCCAGGCACACAAUGUCUAUCCUCAGCUUCUUUUCGCUAGGUUGCUAUUCAGCCUGGGCGGAGCCGCAGCUUCAACAAUGGUCACCGCUAUAUUGCCGGCCGUCGCUGCUUCGACUUCCAAACCACAGAGCAACUUGCGACACUCGAGAAUAGCCCAGAUCUUUGAUGCCAAUGGCCAUACUUCGAGCCCAUCGGUCGCUUCCGAGUCCACAAUAACCCCGGAGAGGUUCCAGUCGCGCACUUCCAAGCAGAACUCUUCCCGACAACCAGCUGGUCCAGACGCGCAGCUGGCUUCCUCUACAAGCCGUGUAGCCGGCUUUGUCGGCAUGUUCACAGGCUGUGGAGCUCUCAUCGCUCUAACAGUCUUCCUUCCACUUCCGGCCAAGUUCCAAUACGGCGGAGUAGGGGUAAAGGCUGCGCUCAAAGACAGUUUCUACAUCGUCGCAGCCAUUGCAGUCGUCCUUGCGGUUUGGUGCUUCUUCGGACUCCGCCAUCUGCACGCGGAAUCUUCGCCUCGACCAGGACCUACAGACGAUUCACGACGAGAAAAUCGUCCGCCCAUCAUGGCCGCUAUUCGAGAGAUGUUCGACAACUUCCAAACAGCACUCACAAUAGGCUUUCAACGCUCCGAGAUCACUAUCGGCUACCUCGGUGGUUUCGUUGCUCGUGCCUCCUCUGUCGCCAUCUCACUUUUCAUCCCACUCAUUGUCAAUGCAAUGUUUCUUUCCUCCGGUCUUUGCCCAGGAGGCAUACCAGGGGAUGACCCUACGGGCCUUCCGGAUAUCAAGAGAAGAUGUCCGCGUGCUUACGUCGUUGCUGCGGAACUGACAGGCGUUUCACAAAUGGUCGCAUUGAUCUCAGCGCCCGUGUUUGGCUACUGGACUGCUAGCGUCUCCAGGAAAGAAGUGCCUCUGCUUGUUGCUUCGAUUUCGGGUAUCAUUGGGUAUCCUCUUUUUGCGACGCAAUUUGAUCCAGACGAUUCUCAUACAUCUCGCCGAGUGGUUGCGUUUCUGGCCGUAUGCCUGAUUGGAAUCAGCCAGAUCGGUGCUAUCGUGUGCAGCUUGGGCACACUUGGCAAAGGUAUUCUGCUUGAAAGUCCUCAGGAAACCAAACCCGCUCUCGUGGCCAAUGCUGGCACCGUUGAGUCUGGACCCGAUGAGAGCCAACCACUACUGCCGAAUGAUGACCAACCGACACAGGGAGCACCAUUGUCGGCAUUGAAAGGUUCCGUAGCUGGUGUUUACUCGCUUUACGGUGGACUUGCAAUCUUGAUACUGACCAAGAUCGGUGGUUUGCUCUUUGACAAGGUGUCGGUUGGAGCGCCAUUCUACAUCAUGGCGGUGUUCAAUGCCGUUCUCAUGAUUGCUUGCCUGAUCUUGACCUUCUGGGUGCCGAAAGCAGAAGGACCUGCUAUCUUGGGCCGGGCCGGUGAAAUUUCAUGAUGAACAGUCCGAUCACCGGUCAAAGGUCAUCGGAUCAACGGGUCCAUUGGACAUGUGGAUGCGGCCAUACGAGGACAAGUCUUGAAGAUGACAGCACAUAGUCUCUUUGGACGCGGGGAUUCGCUACCGACAUCUGAGGAGGAUGAGAGCGUGCCC